UACAUUCAUUCGUCAAUAACUGAUCGAUUUUCUCUCUAUUUUUCUCUGCAAAAAUCCUACGAAGUUUUCUACUUUUCCAAUUUUUUUGAUCUUGAAUCAGUUCCAAUGGAAACACCAUCUUCCACAACAAGAAUCACAAGAUCACAAGCCUCCGUUUUUCCCAAUAACAAGAUUACAAACACCAUUCCAGUUUCCAGGAAGAUUGAAGAUUCUGAAAAGAUUUUGUCGAAAUCGAAGGGACAACAACAAGAUCGAAGUGCACUGAUGGAUUUGACAAAUGAUUCUCCAAUUGUGGGGCUUGCCAACGGUGGCAAUGUUGAGACACCGUCAGCGAAGAUGAGGGGUAGCAAAGUGAAGAACACACCAGGAUCUGGUGAGGCAUUGUUGAGGGGUCAAGUGAAGACCCUUUUGCAGAAAGUGGAAGAAGAGGCUAUGGAGAUUCUUGAUCCAACACCUCAAAUGCAGAAUCUUUUUGGCAAUGGUACUGAUGGGUUGGCUUCAGUUACUCCUUCUGUUGUUCUCCAACAACAACAAUCAGUUUCUCAGAUGGAAAAUGAGGUGUUUGAUGGAAAGUGUGAGAUAACCAAGUCCCUCCUCAUGGAUUUCUCAGAUAAAUCUCAAGUUUCAGAUGCAUCAAAAGAAUGCACAUCUGAACUGAGUUAUCAGGAAGUAACACAAGGAAGUGGAGUUGGUAGCAACAGCAUAGAUGAUGAUGCUUCUGUUUGGUCAAUGCAAGUUAACACGAGCACCAAUGAUGAAGAUGAUGAGGAAGAAGAAAUAGCUGAGGAAGAUGAAGAGGACUAUUAUGAAGAUUUUGAAGAAGAAGAAGAAUAUGAAGAAGACUUAUUGCUUGAUGAACUGUGUGAAGGGUUAAACAACAUUAAAGUGAAUGAAAGGGUGGUUCCAAAAUUUGCUGGAAAACACACAAGAUUUGUUUACAACAGUGAUGAUGAACUAGUAAAAGAAGAAGAGGAUGUCACUGCAGAUUCAACUAAUAUCUUACGUUUGAAGGGAUUACCAACACCAGAAGGAAAACACCUUCGUUUUUCUCAGGAAGAGGAGGGAGAAUCUCCUCUGUGAUUCAUGGAUGACUGUUUUUUCUUCUGAAUUUUUUGCAUUUCUUUUUCUCUUUUGAAAAAGUCUUGAUUUUGUUUCUGUAAUGGAGUGACCACAAUUACUGUGUUCCUCAAAUGUUCCCAUUCCAAAUAUUCAAAUAAAAUUGUUCCAAUUAAAAA